AGAAGACAAAAAAGUUCACGCAAGUCGUGAAGUAGUUAAUCCUUGCGCCCGCGCAGUCCGAGACGUCCCUCGCGUCGGUUGGAAGAGCGGCUGCGCAACAAGUGAACCUAUGGAUUAAGGUGUAGCCGGGCGGCCCGGAGGUUGAGAGUGCAAGGUUAUUCUGCGCCUGCGCGGCCCGGGUAACUUUGCUGGCUGCUCCUAGGCUCCCGGCUCGCCGCCAUCUUGUAUUGGGGCUUCAUUGUUCCCGCUGGGCCGGGCGGUUUAGUGUAAUUGCCGCCGGAGGAGGAGGCGGAGUAACCUCUGGUCAGCCGAGAAACCCCACUAUCCCGUAGCCAUAACCGCUUAAACGAUUUGGGAGGUAGUGAAGGGCAGGGAGCUGGACCCGGAGGCGCCGGCCGCGACAGCAGCAGCCAUGGAGGACGAGAUGCCCAAGACUCUAUACGUCGGUAACCUUUCCAGAGAUGUGACAGAAGCUCUAAUUCUGCAACUCUUUAGCCAGAUUGGACCUUGUAAAAACUGCAAAAUGAUUAUGGAUACAGCUGGAAAUGAUCCCUAUUGUUUUGUGGAGUUUCAUGAGCAUCGUCAUGCAGCUGCAGCAUUAGCUGCUAUGAAUGGACGGAAGAUAAUGGGUAAGGAAGUCAAAGUGAAUUGGGCAACAACCCCCAGCAGUCAAAAGAAAGAUACAAGCAGUAGUACCGUUGUCAGCACACAGCGUUCACAAGAUCAUUUCCAUGUCUUUGUUGGUGAUCUCAGCCCAGAAAUUACAACUGAAGAUAUAAAAGCUGCUUUUGCACCAUUUGGAAGAAUAUCAGAUGCCCGAGUGGUAAAAGACAUGGCAACAGGAAAGUCUAAGGGAUAUGGCUUUGUCUCCUUUUUCAACAAAUGGGAUGCUGAAAACGCCAUUCAACAGAUGGGUGGCCAGUGGCUUGGUGGAAGACAAAUCAGAACUAACUGGGCAACCCGAAAGCCUCCCGCUCCAAAGAGUACAUAUGAGUCAAAUACCAAACAGCUAUCAUAUGAUGAGGUUGUAAAUCAGUCUAGUCCAAGCAACUGUACUGUAUACUGUGGAGGUGUUACUUCUGGGCUAACAGAACAACUAAUGCGUCAGACUUUUUCACCCUUUGGACAAAUAAUGGAAAUUCGAGUCUUUCCAGAUAAAGGAUAUUCAUUUGUUCGGUUCAAUUCCCAUGAAAGUGCAGCACAUGCAAUUGUUUCUGUUAAUGGUACUACCAUUGAAGGUCAUGUUGUGAAAUGCUAUUGGGGCAAAGAAACUCUUGAUAUGAUAAAUCCCGUGCAACAGCAGAAUCAAAUUGGAUAUCCCCAACCUUAUGGCCAGUGGGGCCAGUGGUAUGGAAAUGCACAACAAAUUGGCCAGUAUAUGCCUAAUGGUUGGCAAGUUCCUGCAUAUGGAAUGUAUGGCCAGGCAUGGAACCAGCAAGGAUUUAAUCAGACACAGUCUUCUGCACCAUGGAUGGGACCAAAUUAUGGAGUGCAACCACCUCAAGGGCAAAAUGGCAGCAUGUUGCCCAAUCAGCCUUCUGGGUAUCGAGUGGCAGGGUAUGAAACCCAGUGAAAAAGGACUCCAGAAUCUAAAGCCAGUGGCUUGAGGCUACAGGGAGUGUAGUAAAGCCGUUGUUUACUUAAAGAUUUAUCAAAUCAGUCAGUGCAAAUGUCAGAUACAAUGUAUUUAUUUAAAAGAUUCAUUUUUAAUCAUGAAAUUAUCAUCCACAUUGUUUUAAAAAGAAACAAGAUGCUGGAUGUCUGCCAAUUUUUGCCUUCAUUACCUUUUUUGAUAAAGUUUCUCAGAUCCUUGUUUCAAACACAAAUGCAGGGAUUGCUGCCACUUUUUAACUAUUAAGAGGCAGAAAAUUGCACAAUAUUGAACUUUUUUCCACUGAAGUAGUGUGCAGUUCUAGUUUGCAUUCCUGAUAUGAUUUAAAACAUGUAAUAUAAAGAUGUUAAAAAAAAACCAAAACUGUGCAGAGUCUAGAAGUUCUUUGUCAUCUUCAGCUUGUGCACAAUUCUGUUUUAGGUUAAAAUAAAAGCAUUGUUUGAGCUGUCCCAUCUCCACUGUUAUCCCUUUGGGGUUUUUUAAUAUAAAUUAUUAGUUUACGUCAUUUUUGUAUCUACAUCUUUUUUCACAAAUUUGUCUUGCCUUAUUAAAGUUCUGUAAAAUAUACUUAAAUGGAAAAAAUGAUGUUCAUUUAGAUUGAAAACUUUUCUCAGAUGGAUUGAUAAUUGCAUUCAUCUUGUGUUUUAUAUGAGAAGGUGCCUCAAGAAUUUCCUGUUGGAUUUGUUUAAAAGGAUUUUUAUCUUUCGUGAUAAACUUUGCUGUGUACCAGGAACUAUAAAAAAAAAACUUGUUACUAAAGAAAAUAUCUGAAAUGUGAUAAGUUCUUAUGCCAUGUUAAUUUCAUGUGUCAACUUCAACAUUUACAUGUAUUAUUUCAUUAUGUAAAAUGUUUUAGCAAUUUAAUAUUUUGCACAGUUAGCAAACUUUGUAUGUCAUUUCCUUCAAGGCAUCAUGCAGAGUUGACAUGAGAUUUAUAAGGUUUUAAGUUGUUUGCAUGUGAAAAUCAAAUACAUACUUUGGUAGUCUUUGAAUACAAAGUCAUCUGCUCUUGUUUUUCAAGAAUUUUGAGACACAAAGUUGUAUGUAAAGGAAUAUAUUAAUUUGCCGUUUUCUAGGUAGAUUUGCUCAAAAAGAGUGAAUCAACUUAAUAUGUACAAAUGAUAGCUGUGAAACUGUAGAAUAUCUUUGUGUCAGGCUUGGAGUUCAUUGUUACCUCCAAAUUUUGCCUGAAGGACCAGCUGGGCAAAGCAUUUUUUAAAUGUUCAGAGGCCAAAAGAUAAACAAAAAAAAAACCUUAAAAUCCUACCUCUUUAAACAGCCUUCAAAUAAGAGAAUCCUCAGUGCAAUCAUUAUUUUGAUUCUUUUGGUACCUGUUUUCCUGGAGUUCCCGAUUUUAUUAUUUUGGGGUGGCUCCAAGCAUUAAGAGGUUUAAUCUUUGAUGGCAUUGUUCUAGUUUUGAAAUUUCUAGUAUAUUUCAGAGUCUUUUAGAAGACUUGUGUGCGAAGUUUCACUUUGUUUUCAGUGAAGAUCACAAACCUCCUUCUUCCUUGACUCAGAGAGGAAAGGUCCCAGUAUACAUAUUUGAGUGGUUGAUGGUUUUCAAGACCUUCAGGGAGCUCCCUGCAUUUUACCUAGAAACAGAAAAGGCCUGCAAAAUCUUAAGUUUCCUGGCCUGCAUUUCCCGGGUAGGGGCAAAUGACUCCAAGCUGGUCUCUAAGCCAAUACCCUUGUAAACCAGAGCCCAGGAAAGACAGCUCAAGUGUAUAAUUCUCUGGAGCUCAAUUCUAUGCAGUUGUGCUGAUACUUCAUUAAGUCACUAUGUAUUUUUAAGUGUUGAUACAUUAAAAGUCGCUUUAUGGAAGAUGAGUAAAUUUUUUAAAUACUUGGAAAUUUUAUUUCCUUGUUAACUUCUACAGAUCAGGGCAUGCAACCAAAAGCAGCUUAAAUGAAAUAUUUAAAAAAUAUAUCAGGAAGCUAUUUUUAGAUUUCUUCUGGCUUAUGUUUCCACUUUAGGACCCUCAUUUUUCUCUUAUUAAAAAAAAUUAUUUCCUGUACUUCUCAUGGACUGCAGGGUAAAUUAUUUGGGCGUAAAUAAUUUAAAUAGUUUUCUUUCAUUUUGACUAUCCCCAGUAAUAACAGUUUUUAUUAUCCAGCAUAUUGGCUUAUUGCACAAAUCUUAAAAUGUACAUUGACUGCUUUUUGAGAAGAAAGUGGUAUCAGUACUCGAUGAAAAGGUUACUACUGAACAAAUUCACAUUUCAGGAACACCUCUAUCUUUGGUUUAAAUCUUACUCUUAGUUUUUCAGUCUAAAAAUUAUACUGGUAUUAGUAUCAGGUAAGGAAAUUAAAGUUUUUAAAAUGGUUUCAUUCUCUGCAAUAUGCAAAAUUUAGAUUUUACUUUCUGGUACUGUAAAGAACCUGAAGUGAUUCACACUUAAUGGGUGACUAAUCCAGUAUUCUUUACCCUGAAUGUUUGGAUAUUAAAGUUCCUUUAUGUUUUCUAUAA